AUGUGGAAACUGGUUGUGUUUGUUGCGUGUCUGCUGGCGAAGGAAGUUGAGCCCAUGGAGGACCCCGUGUACGGUGUCAAGCUCUGCGGUCGCGAGUUCAUUCGGGCGGUCAUUUUCACCUGCGGAGGCUCGCGGUGGAGACGGUCACUCGGGACUUCAGCGGAAGACCUUUUAAGCUCCCAUCAAGAGGAGUCCUCGGAGGAGUUGAGCCACAGUUCAGUGAUGGACUCUAUACUCCACAGAAACAGGGAUCUGGAUUUCCUGUCAAGGGAAAACCAUGACAGAGUAUUUAGCCGGCCGACACGUUCUUUUAUCACUGAAGAGAUUCUAGAAGCACUGCGGAAGGCGGACCGCAAAGGUCGGGAUGUGGUGGUGGGUCUCUCAAACGCCUGCUGCAAGUGGGGCUGCAGCAAGAGCGAGAUCAGCUCCCUUUGCUGA